AACGAGGCUCCGCACGUUCAUCUCGCUCCAGGCCUCCUCACCAAUUUCUCUCCCUUUCCCUCCGCCACACUAUCGCGCAUACCUGCGAUCCUUUUUUUGUGAGACUGCGGCCGCGAGGGGGGCUCCAGUCCGCGCGCGCACGCUCCACACCGUCUUGAGACGCGCCUCGAGACGCAUGAACGUACUCCACGUGCCCGCUGCGUCCGCGCGUAAAUACUCUCGACUACAAUGAGAUCUUUCAUUUGACGCGCCGGAUAUCGUCUUUCAAAAUGAAGUGCUUCAUCGCGAUCCUUUUUACCGUGACCCUAGUGACCGGCGCCGCCGCCGAGGCCUCAGUGCGGACAUGUGAACCUAUUAAAGUGGCUAUGUGCAAGAACAUUGGAUACAACCAAACAGGAAUGCCCAAUUUGGCUCGUCACUCCCUGCAGGCUGACGCCGAUGUCACCCUGCAGACCUUCAGUCCACUCGUCCAGUACGGCUGCUCGCCACAAUUGGAUCUGUUUUUAUGCACGGUCUACGUGCCGAUGUGUACCGAUAAAGUCGCCUUACCCAUCGGCCCCUGUAGAGGUUUGUGUGAGACUGUAUAUGCAAGAUGUUAUCCCGUGCUUCAGGGUUUCGGUUUCCAGUGGCCGGCCGAGUUAGACUGUUCUUUAUUCCCCGCUGAAAACAAUCACGAACAUAUGUGCAUGGAAGGACCUGGUGAUCAUGGGCCUCCUGUAGGUUCUAUACCGCUCGAUCAUAGUGUAGGUGGAUCAGGCGCGUGCCAGCGGCUCGUUAAACCAAAAAGUUGGGUAUGGGUCAGGGGAUCGGGACGUUGUGCACAGUUUUGUGAAGCUGAAGUUCUUUGGGAAGCCGGCGAGAGACGGGCAGCUGAAGUGUGGCUGGCGACAUGGGCUGCGCUGAGUUUCGCGUGCACGCUGGCGGCGGUGGGCGCGCAGCUGGCGUGUGGGGACCGCGGGCGAGCCGGCGAGCGGGCGCUGGUGUUGGUGGCGCUGUGUCGAUGUGCAGCCGCCGCCGGCUGGGGAGUGCGCGCAGCCGCCGGCCGCACCGCUGCCGGCUGUGCCAAGGACUCCGCCAUUCCGACGAGGAUGCUGCUGGCUCAUGACGGAUUAGCGAACCCGAACUGCGCCGUUGUCUUCCUCCUCCUGUAUUAUUUCGGGCUCGCUGCAUCUGUUUGGUGGGUAGUGGUGGCUGGCGCUUGGCGAGCCAGCGUGCUGCGGCCCCCUCAGUCUUCAAACACGCCGUCACGGAACGAGAGGCAUUCCUCGCUGCUGCAGCUGGCUGCGUGGGGCGUGCCCGCAGCCCUAGCGGCCGCUGUGCUGGUCACCAGAGACGUUGACGCUGACGAGCUUACUGGAACAUGUUUCGUCGGCAAUCAGUCCAGCAAGUCUCUCCUGGCGCUGGUGAUAGUUCCUGAGGCGAUUUGUCUGCUGCUGGGCUCGGUGUUCCUCGCAUCGGGUCUCCGAGCACUGCUCCGCCGCCCCGCCCCCACGCCCGUGCCCUCUGCGCUCCUCAGCACUCCUCAGGCUAUGACUGACCAGAGCCUGUUGAGACUCGGAGCUUUCGCAGCCUUAUACGCGGUGCCGUCGGCUUGCAUACUGGCUACUUGGAUGUACGAGUACGCGUGGAGGGACAGCUGGCUAGCAGCCCCCAUGCCGUCGUCCGAACCCUCGACUCACCCGAGACCAGCUUUCUGGGUGUUUCUGUUCAGAAUCUUCGCGUCCCAGAUUUUGGGUGUGAUGGUGGCGGUGUGGAUCGCGACGCCGCGGCUGAAGGCGCUGUGGCGGAUGAUGGCGGGGCCGCGGAAGCCCCCGAUGGCAAAGUGUCCGCCGGGCCCGCCGCCCACGCCGCUCACGCUGCACUGCUACGCCACUCACCCGCACACCCUGACGCGGCACAUGCAUAAAUACGCUACGUACAGACCUCCACAGGUGCAUUCCUCGUACAGAAAGCCACGUCAUUACCACUACUCCGCAGGCGAAACUAUCCUAUGACCGGUGCAAUGACGCACCGCGGCUGCUCUGCUAAAGUGAUAAAAGACAUUUUACGAGUCUUCUGCCAGAAAUGCAUUUACUGUAGUGUAUGCUGUGUGUUAGUUGUUUUACAUAUCAUCAUAAUAAGUGCCAUCAACUUAUGUUGAGAUCGACUGCAAGUGCUUUUCAUAUUGACGUGUCUAAACUAUGUACAAUUUUGUAAUAUCGUGCAAGCACCUAGUGUGUGUAUACUUUGUCAAUUUUUUCUUGCUCAGAAUUUUCAUUUAUGCGACAUAUAAAAUCUACCUAAAGGUACAGAUAUUGAAAUUAUAGGUGCCUAACUACCUAGUUACUUUCCAGUUAGGUUAGCUCAUGAAUUUACUAAGUACCCUAGUACUAACGUAUCAACUAUCUGUAGUUGAUACGUUAUUAUGUACAUAAUGUUAUGAUUCCUGUAUAGAUUGUAUGGUCUUUAGUACUAUUUCUAAAAGCAUCUCCCUAUUUUGUCGUCAGUUUCCCUAAUCAUCAAUCCCUUGGUAUUUGCAACAAAUAUUGGUUUUUGUUACAAAAACAAUACUUAUUUUGUAUAGGUCCUUUACUUAUAUCGAACUAGGUAGGUAAUUCCACAGGACAGGAGUAAAAAAUCGGAAUUCCCUACUCCUGUGGUACUUCUCUAUGUACCAAGGUGAAAUAAGAAAAUAUUUUGUAAAUAUAUUUUAAGGUGUAAAUAAAAUAUUAUUGUAAAUGUACGUAGGUACUUAAAUAAAGUAAUUAUACAAUAAGUAAGCUGAUGAAUAGAUCUAUCAUACAAUUAUUAUCAAGUCAAUGGCUUUAAUGGCUUGAAUAUUUGUUGGUCACUUUUCGUAACAGAAGGCCUACCUACCAUGAAACCAUGAAACACGUACCACGUUACUAACGUUGACAUGCUGCCUCUUUCUCCCAUAUCGUGUACCCAUUGUGUAAAAAAAAGAGAAAACUUGUGUACGCAAUAACGUGCACGUGUUUUAUGUUUCAUGGUAUUUAGGUAGCUUCCCAGUAUCUUUCUAUGCGACAUAUUUACGACGUAAAGUUUCUAUUUUUUAACUACGAGAUCACUAGUUUAAUUCUUACACAGGAACUCUAUUUCUGUUCUAGAAUCAAGAUUAUACUUACUACUAUUUUUUAUAAGAAUUAAUUAGAGCUAAUCACGGAAGUUAAUAAAUAGAACUGAGAAUUUAAAUGUACCAUAACUAUCAUAUCAACAUACAUCAUGUAAAGUUCAUGUUUAUCAUUGUGGUUAGUAAGUAGGUACACUAAUAAUAUACCUACUUAACUAUUAAAAUUAUAAAUUGUUAAAUAACAAUAAGAAUGACCAUUGAUUAUUGAGGACAUGAAUAAUUAAUACAAUUCAAAAAUUAACUGAAGUUAAAAUAGACUGAUUUUAAAUUAGGUAUAAUAAAGUUAUCUUACGUUCUGUUGGUACAUAAACUGUAAUUUUUCAUAUAUACUUAGCUCAAUCGCCACAGCAAUAAACUACCUAACACAUAAUAUAUUUGAAUGUCUUUAAAUCCCUACACUUUGCCAAAAUAGUAUUCAAUAAAAUAAUGUAAAUAAAUACUUAUCGAAAAUUGUAAAUAAAAAUACUUAAGUAAUUAACUACCUACUUAUAUAAGUAAGACGUUAAUAAACCAUUGAAAGUUA